AAAAGACUCGCAAAAAAGAACAAAACAAAAUAUAUACACACUUUUAUUUAAUUUUACAAACAACAAAUAUGUAAUUAAUAUUUUCCCAACCGUUUAAAAUGAAAAUAUUGUCGAAAUUUUUGCAAUUAAAGUGAAUAUUUCAAGUUUUUCAACAUAAAUACAUUCGCAUUAAAAUAAUAUGUACAAGUUAGUAGUGUAUGAAUCCAUAAUAAGCUUAGAUUAACUGGAAUUCUGGUGGAAUUAGUCAGACGCAACAUAUAUGAAAAAGAACAACAACAAAUAUACAUAGUAAAAAAACAAACGAAUUUAAUAUACAAUAUAACAUUCCAAAACUGAAUACAGGAAGUAAUAAUUUACACACCGAAAACAAACAAAUAAAACAACAAAAUAUAAUUCCAUUCAACUAUAAUAAUAAUACAAAGAAGCUAUUAACAAUUAAUUAAUUAGAAGAAAAUAUGAUACGUAACGGAGGCGGCAACAACAUUGGUGAUAGUGGUGGAGGUGGUGGAGCUACAGCGGCAAUGGGUGGGGCUGUUGGUGGCAAUGAUGGUUGCAUAUAUCCCGAUGAAGUUAUCAUGGAAAAAGGGGUGGCAUUUAAUGUGCGAUAUACGGGCUGUGUCGAAGUUAAUACGUCCAUGAAAUCUUUGGAUUUUCAUACUAGGACACAGGUGGCCAGAGAAUGUAUAAAUCGUGUUUGUGAAGCUGCUGGUUUAAAAUCUGUCGGCAAAAGGCGUAUUGAUAAAAAGAUAGCGCAGUAUAUAGCAGAACGUCCCUGUAUGGCGAAUGCUGGCACCAACGUUAUUAUCAAUGUUUCGAGUCGUUCAUUAAAUUUAAUAAAUGUCGACAAUGGCGAAAUCAUAGCAUCUCAUCAAAUGCCUAGAAUAUCAUUUGCUUCGGGCGGUGAUACCGAUACCCUUGAUUUUUUAGCUUAUAUUGCUAAAAAUGAAGACGAAUGGCGAGCUUGCUAUGUAUUGGAAUGUAUAGGCGGCCAGAGUGAAGAUCUUAUCGUAACAAUUGGCAAAGCUUUUAUGCUACGUUAUAAUGCUAUCAACCGUAAAGGACAUCACCAUGCGCAAAAUAUGGACAAUGUAAAUGCCACUACAAAGGAAAACGAUAAGGAAUACUACAAUGAUUUACCCAACAAAUUACCUCCAGAUUUAAUGAACGACAACGAAUUGCAACACGACCAACAACAGCUACAAAAAGUGGCCCAAUUAAAUUUAAAGAAACCUAGAGAUCGCCUUAGCAGUAAUCUAAUAGACUUGAAUAGUCCACCGCCAGAUCAAACAUCAAAUAAACUAAACUUGAAUGCAUUUGAUCCAAUGAAAGAUAAUAUGAUAAUUGGACAACAACAGCAGCAACAUCAACAACCUCCAGAUGUAUUUGAUAUACCUCCCCUGUCGCUAUCAGCCGAAGUACAGAGAUCCCAGUUAAUGACUGAGACUUGGUUUCACGGUUCAAUUAGUCGCCCCGUGGCGGAGGGUAUGCUUGAUAGUGAUGGCGACUUUUUGGUACGCGAAUCUCAGGGCAAACAUGGUCAAUAUGUUUUAACUGGCCUCCAAGGCAAAACUCCGAAACAUUUAUUACUCAUCGAUCCUGAGGGUAUAGUUCGUACCAAGGAUCGUAUAUUUGAAAGCAUUAGCCAUCUAAUCAACUAUCACUGGACAAAUCUUUUACCCAUAAUAUCUGAAGACUCAGAACUUGUUUUACGCAAUCCCGUCGUGAAACCAAACAAUACUACAUUAUCGGGAGCAGGUUUAUCAAAUGCCACCAAUUCACACAAUCAUCAUCAUUCACAUACACAUCAUUCUCAUUUGCAGUCGUGUAAAGAAUAAACAAAUAAAAACAAACAAAAAACAAUUUUUGGAGAUUAUCUUAAAGAAAACAAAUAUCGUAUAUUUAGUAUAAAUGAAUAUUUAAUAAACCUUUACACAUAUUUUCUGAUAUCAGUGUAUACAUUUUAUUUAAAUAUAGCAAUUUAUAAAAAAUAAAAAUAAAAGAACCUAAAAAUGUGAACAAAUUUUAAAUUAAAAAAAACAUUGUAUGUAAAAGAAAACAAAACAUUAAAAAAAUAUGUAUUAUUUGUAUUGUAUGUAUGUAGAUGAAGAUAAUUUUACUAUAUGUAUGUAUUUAUUAUAAACCAAUCAUUAAAAUUAAAAACAAGAAAUGUGUCUGAUGAACAUUUUCUAUGAUAAAAUGUAUUAAAAAUUAUUUAAAAA